GCCGGCCGGCUCUAGGAUUCUAGUCGGCUCCGCGGAGUGGCGGGGGCGGCAAUGGAACGUGUCCCGCCCUCCGAGGCUCCGGCGGUCUCCCUGUUCAAAGAUGGGCUAUUCCAGUUCCCAAAGGCGCCGGUGAAAAAGCAAGCGGUAAAGCGGCACUAUCACAAGCAUAACCUGCGGCACCGCUACGAGUUCCUGGAGACGUUGGGCAAAGGCACCUACGGCAAAGUGAAGAAGGCGAGGGAGCGAUCCGGCAAGCUGGUUGCUAUCAAGUCCAUCCGGAAAGAUAAAAUCAAGGAUGAGCAGGAUCUUCUCCAUAUCCGAAGGGAAAUUGAAAUCAUGUCUUCUCUCAAUCAUCCCCACAUCAUCGCUGUUCAUGAAGUAUUUGAAAACAGUAGCAAGAUUGUCAUUGUGAUGGAAUAUGCCAGCAAAGGAGAUCUGUAUGAUUACAUUAGUGAGCGCCAGAGAUUGACGGAGCAGGAAGCUCGGCACUUCUUCAGGCAAGUGGUGUCGGCAAUCUAUUAUUGUCAUAAGAAUGGAAUUGUUCAUAGAGAUCUGAAGUUAGAAAAUAUUCUUUUGGAUGCAAAUGGAAACAUUAAGAUUGCAGAUUUUGGCCUUUCCAAUGUUUUCCAACAAGAUAGGCUUCUUCAAACCUUCUGUGGCAGUCCCCUCUAUGCAUCUCCUGAGAUAGUUAACGGAAGGCCUUACAAAGGACCUGAGGUUGAUAGCUGGUCUCUUGGUGUUCUUCUCUAUAUUUUGAUCCAUGGCACAAUGCCAUUUGAUAGCCAUGAUUACAAGACACUGGUAAAACAGAUUACAAGAGGAGAUUACAAAGAGCCCACCAAACUUUCAGAUGCCUGUGGCUUGAUCCGGUGGAUGCUAAUGGUGAAUCCAGAACGCCGAGCUACCAUUGAGGACAUAGCCAGCCAUUGGUGGAUCAACUGGGGUUACAAAGUGCCAGUUGGGGAACAGGAGUCUUUGCGAGAGGAUGAAUCUCCAUUGGCUACUGUUGCAGAUUGGCUUCGUCGCUCCUCCAGGCCUCUGUUUGAAAAUGGGUCCAAGAUGCGCUGCUUUUUUAAACAGCACAUCCCUGGUGUCACGUUGGAGAAGCAGCGUUCACUCAAGAAGUCAAAAAAGGAGAAUGACGUGUCUCAUGCUGUGCAAGAAACAGGCCUGGCACCAGAGAACCAAUCCAAAUCAAUCCUAAAGAGACCUAAAGGCAUAUUGAAAAAGAGAAACUCUUGUGAGAAGUCCCAGGGUCCUUCUUCAACUGUGGUAGCUCCUCUUGAUACACAAAAAGAAGACAAUACUAGACCUACAGUUGAGCUAGCUUGUGUCCUAUCCUCCAGAUCCUUGGCCUGCCAUACAGAGGAUGUAGUAGCUGUCCUUCCAGUGCCCAAGAAAGGAAUUCUGAAAAAGCCACCAAAAAGAGAGUCUGGUUAUUACUCAUCUUCAGAGCGUAGUGAAUUUGCAGAUGUUUUAGACUCUGAAAACAUAGACCUUAAUGCCAGUGUCUUUGUGGGCACACCCUCUUCCACUCACAACUCCAGUGACAAUCAGGCCAGGCGGAAAGGUAUUUUGAAAUAUAAUGGCAAGUAUUCCUCCAGCAGCACCGAGUCUGAUGGUGUGCCCGACAAAGUCCUCCCAACGUUCCCUGAGGUGAUCUUGCCCAAGCUGCCCCUCGCCUCUCGCAUUUGCCCAUCCAGCGCUGUGAGUGAAGACAGCAUCCUUUCCACAGAGUCCUUUGACCAGCUUGAUUUGCCUGAUCGAAUGCCAGGAAGUGGAGGGGUCUCCAUGCGUGGCUCUGUCUCUGCAGAUGACCUCUUGCAGCUGGAGGAGGGAGAUGUGGAAACCAAGGGUCGCCGACUCCGACGCUGGACAGUGACUCAGUGCCAAAAACCCCUUGCAGACAGUUGUUUCUCUCUGGCAGACUGUGAUAAUGUUACUGAAGUCUACAAACGGGCUGUGACUAUUAGCAUGAAACUAAGCUGAUGCACUCAUUGCCAACAAGGACCACUGACACACGUUUGCUAAUAGUGGCAAACAUGUUUUACAGCCCAGAUUCUGGCAUUCUCCAAACAAUUUGCACUUCCCAUUCAGAUGGAUAAAGAACUAAAGAAGCAGAGUCUUUGUCUUCACCCUGACAGGGCUGGGAGGCUAUUUAUUUUUACAUACUCCUUGUUUCUUUGAGAAUGUAAAAGAACAUUUACAUUCUUAUCAUUGCCUGUAAAAUGGUACAACAGGGUAUGGCUGUGUGUUUGGAGAGAGAAAAAAACAUGUUGAUAGAAGGGCAUUGGCU